AUGCCUUGGUCCGCACUCCCCAGCGAGAUUCGGUGCAUGAUCUGGGAAUACACAUUUUCAGAACCUCGCACUUUCAGCAUUGCGACAAACGAGAUGAAGGAUCCCAAUUACAAGCUCCCAGUUGCAUUACAAGUUAACUAUGAGUCCAGAUGCCACGUCAAAAGGAAAUUGCCACUUCUUUUCGAUGGUACCAACCUUGUUGGUUCUGAAAAUUGCCACUUCUUGUAUUUCAACCCAGGGGUCGAUACACUUUUCCUUAGUGAUAGCUCGGAUUUUGGCAUGUUCCAGUUUCUCAUUGGGCCAUGCUGGAACCAGAGAUGGAUUGAUUCCUUGGUUAGACUUCGAUUUCGAGUUCGUGGAGCACCCCGUCGUGUAGCUAUUGAAUAUCCCGAACCCAUUAAAGAAUGUGACAUAGUCACUUCACUUACAAUUUGCCAGGAUCUUGACAAAAUAGAUCAGUUAUUCUUCUUCCGGAAGCUUGAAAAGCUUACUAUAGACUAUGAUAGGUCUGUUAUAUGGCUUGGUCUGUGGACGCCAAGGGGCCACCAAACCCUUAACCAGCGUGCCCGCAUGAUAGAAAAUAGUUUGAUCAAUCAUGCAAAGAUUAUUUAUGGGCUUUUUCAAACGAGGAUCAACGCGGGAUUCAUUACCAAAAUACCAGAAAUCCUUUUUUUCCCGCUUUUCUCCGAUGUCCAAGACAUGGUCUCCGCUGGUUUCUCCACUCUCGAGUUCAGGAUGCCCGAAGGUUUUUGUCCAUCUGUCACAAUGAAUGAAUACGUCAAGGAUUUAGACUGCAUCAAAGCUUAUAACGAUGGCAUUAGUGUGCUUAGAAGGCCAAUAUGGUAG